AAAAAUCUUCGUCUUCCUUAUCCAGAGUCCCGAAUCUCUUUACCCAUUAAUGAACACUCUGAGAAGUGAGAAAAAUCCCAAUUCUAUCCAUGGCUUCACUUCGUCUUCCCUGUCCUCCGUCGACCCCAUACUUUUCCGGUGAACAUCAUCAAAUAUUCCAUAAGCCACCUCCAUUAUCUCCUCUCUAUAAAGCCUUUAACCAAGCUAACCAUGCUGUCAAUACCAACAACAGCUUCUCCUUUUCAUGUGCUCUGUCUCUUUCUCAUACUCGUAUACUUCCAAUUAAAACCUACAAAAUCAGUCGCUUUUCUUUACAUUUCUCUUCUACAACUCAAGACCCAGUUGUCGAUUCCUCCUUGUCCCAGUCGGAAGUCGAAGCAAAGACUGAACAAGAAGAAUAUUCACGAACUAGAGUGCUUGCUUCAAAUGUUCCUUGGACUGCUACGACUGAAGACAUUCGUACUUUGUUUGAGAAAUUUGGGACUGUUGUAGACGUUGAGCUUUCUAUGCAUAACAAGACCAGAAACAGAGGUUUGGCGUUUGUUACUAUGGGCUCCCCUGAGGAGGCACUUGUUGCUAUUAAAAAUCUCGAAUCUUAUGAAUUUGAGGGUCGGACUUUGAAGAUGAAUUUCGCCAAGCUAAAAAAGAAAAAACCUUCACCACCACCACCCCCCAAGCCAGCGCCAACAUUCAACUUGUUUGUAGCGAAUUUGCCAUUUGAAGCUAAGGCAAAAGAUCUCGAGGAGUUCUUUAAUAAUGAAGGUACUGAUGUUGUUUCUGCUGAAAUUGUAUACCAAGAUAAUCCAAGAAGACCUUCUGGCUAUGGAUUUGUCGCUUUCAAAACUAAAAAAGAAGCUGAUGCUGCGCUUUCUGCAUUUCCAGGGAAGAUUUUUAUGGGAAGGCCAAUUAGAGUAAGUCGUAGCAAGCAAUUUGUGAGACAACAAAGAGAAGAAGGUCUGCAGUCUGAUGAUACUUCAACUGAGUUGGACUCUGAAGUUGAGCAAGCAAAUGUAGCUCCUGCGAAUUGAAAUGGAAAUUUUGUGGGUGCUGAAAUUUCUCAAUUCACUUAAUCUUGCAAUUUUAUAGGACUUUGAACCAUGCACUCUUAUGAUACAGGUUCAACCAAACUCAGUACCGUCAUGCACUAGCUUUUUGAAAGAAAGCAUUGGGAAUCCUACUUUCUGCAAUGUAAUUCAUCAGAUUUAGCUACAAGCAUCAUCUUCCUUGAAUCCAUUUAAGCAUAUUUGGGAAAUUUUGACAAGGAAGGGAGGUGGAGGUUGGAGGUGGGGUGUCGGAGGAAUUAAAUUUGUGGUGGGAUUGAUGGUUUACAGGUUUAUAGCUGUAUAUUGCUGUAGUUGGCACUAUUCCUGGAAGUAUGCCUUGUUUAAUAGGUCAUCUUCCUCUUUCUUACUUCCUGACCUGAAAUUAGUUUGGCUUCCAUUUCUGCCUCUUGACUUGUUAACUGCAAUUGUACUUCCUCUUUUGUUUGUGAACUUGUGUCUUUUAGAAUUCUCUCUCA